AUGGCGGGUAAUGCAGACGCUCAGCCUACAGAUGAGGUGCAGUCGAGCAAUACUCGUGAUGAACCGACUGUGGAAGCAACAUAUUUUAAUACUGAAGACGAGAAUGCAUUGAAUCAACUUUUGGGUCGCACAGAAAGUACAAAUAAUAUAAACACGAGUGAAAAGUCCGGAGUUCCAGAAAAUGAAAAUUCACAAGAUGUUGGUAAUGCAGACUUGGAUGACAAUGCUGAUGAUGAGGAUGAUGCUGAAGACUCAGACGAUGACAAUUUUGAUGUUCUAAUUAAACCAACUAAAGUAGGAGCAUAUAAAACGGGAAAUACUUAUCAGGCAAGAUCGCUCCAGAUUGGCACUCAGGGUAUUUUGUGUUAUCUAUCAAUGCAUGUUCUCUACAUUCUUCUCUACACAUUUUUAUUUUUAGGAUCAAAGGUUAUUAGGCAAGGCAUUAAUCUUAAUGAUCCAGGGAAUAUUCAAGGCGUUCCUACUACGGAAUUUAGCACAAGUGUUCUCAAAGAUGAAGACAAACCUUGGAAACAGCCAGGUGCUGAUAUAACUGACUACUUUAAUUAUGGUUUUACUGAGGACACCUGGAAUCAAUACGUUGAAAAGCAAAGGAUUCUUCGUCAAGAGUAUGCG